AUGCCUUUUCUACAAGCGAGUGUGUUCCAGUCAAGCCAGCUCGAGCAUGGCCACCAAUUCCACUUCAAGGACCCCCACAACAGCCAACCAGGUUGGCUCUGGGGGUCUGUGACUCUUCCGGAUACCAUGGGCCUUGGAACCAGUGACAAGGAGAUUAUAGUACAUAUAUGUGAGACCAUCGCAGCAGGCUUGGUUACUUGGAGCGAUAGUGCGAUGCACGGCUUGGGCAAAUACUGCAUCUCGUUUCCGAUCAAGUUGGAAACACCCAAGCAGGACUUGAAAAGGCUGAUGAUUCAGGUUGAGUACGCGGCACUGUGGUGGGUGAGUUUCAUCCGCGCGGAGACUGUUUCUAUUGACAAGCACAUGCUUUUCCGGGCCCGUCAGCCGCCCCCGGAUCGUGAGGAUCAACUUUUGGAUGUGCCUUUCCAUUGGGAUAAGCCUGACUACACGGCUCUGAAUCCGUGGUCUGUAGUCACUGUGCUACGGUAG